AGUGCAGGUCUCGCUCUAGAUAUGCAACUUGUCCAGAUGGGUUUCUUCAGCUCAGUUCAUAUGACAACGACGGUUGUUGUCAACAAGAAAAGGUGAAAUGUAAAACAACCAAAUGCUAUGAACGGGAGAAAUCGAUUAUAUAUAUAUAUAUAUAUAUAAUCAACAAAACAAAGUAAUUCUUUGGAUUUUUUUUUAUUUUUUAGCUUUGAACUAUAUUUUUAGUUAUGGAGAGUAACGUUGUACGUUGAACCGCAGAUGAAUGUAUAUUUUGUUUACACAUCCAAAAGUGUUUUUGGAUCUGUUGUUAGCUCGUAGGCUAACUAGCUAGCCGGCGAUGUAUUUGUGAUUCGGCUGGCUAGCUAGCUCAAUUUUCUUUCUUCUCAAAGUUGUUUCAUGGAGAUAGUUAGCUUGUGUGUUACACAAAUAGUAGUUAGUUUGUCAUUUUUGUCGUGAUUGUAGGUUAGCUAACUAACCAGUGGCGACUACAUUGUUAGCUAGCUAGCUAGUUAGCCUCGACGUUUACAGGAUGAGUAACGUUAGCAGUCAAAAACGGCAGCAUUUUAAAGGAGCCGAAGUGAGCUGCAGUGUCAAAUACUUCUUGUUUGGCUUUAACAUCAUAUUUUGGUUACUGGGAGCAGCCUUCCUGGGCAUAGGACUAUGGGCAUGGGCCGAGAAGGGGGUGCUGUCCAACAUGGCCUCCAUAACAGACCUGGGAGGCUUCGACCCCGUGUGGCUGUUCAUCGUAGUGGGAGGAGUCAUGUUCAUCCUGGGAUUCGCUGGUUGCAUCGGAGCGCUACGGGAAAACACCUUGCUGCUCAAAUUUUUUUCGGUGUUCCUGGGCCUGAUCUUCUUCUUAGAGCUGACAGCAGGCAUCCUGGCCUUUGUGUUCAAAGACUGGAUCAAAGACCAGCUCAACUUCUUCAUCAAUAACAACGUCAAGGCUUACCGCGACGACAUCGACCUGCAGAACCUCAUAGACUUCACACAGGAAUAUUGGUCGUGCUGUGGAGCCCACGGUCCUAAUGACUGGAACCUGAAUAUCUACUUCAACUGCACUGAGUUUAACCCCAGUAGAGAGCGCUGUGGAGUCCCCUUCUCCUGCUGCGUCAAAGACCCUGCCGAAGACGUCCUUAACACACAGUGUGGCUACGACGUGAGACUUCAAGGGGAGUUGGACCAGCAGAAGUACAUCCACACCAAGGGUUGUGUGGGCCAGUUUGAGAGGUGGCUUCAGGACAACCUGAUCAUUGUAGCUGGGAUCUUUGUGGGCAUUGCACUUUUACAGAUAUUUGGGAUCUGCCUGGCUCAGAACCUGGUGAGUGACGUCAAGGCUGUGAAGGCCAACUGGUGACGCCAGGACCCUGAGGGGGAGGGAGUACUCUGACCUUUGACCCCCAACAUCCAGCUCACCUCCCACUGACCGCUAAGAGAUGAAAACACAAAGAGCUGUUUACCUCUGGACCUGCCAGGCUGAGAGGUGAAAACACAAAGAGCUGUUUACCUCUGGACCUGCCAGGCUGAGAGGUGAAAACACAAAGAGCUGUUUACCUCUGGACCUGCCAGGCUGAGAGGUGAAAACACAAAGAGCUGUUUACCUCUGGACCUGCCAGGCUGAGAGGUGAAAACACAAAGAGCUGUUUACCUCUGGACCUGCCAGGCUGAGAGGUGAAAACACAAAGAGCUGUUUACCUCUGGACCGGCCAGGCUGAGAGGUGAAAACACAAAGAGCUGUUUACCUCUGGACCUGCCAGGCUGAGAGGUGAAAACACAAAGAGCUGUUUACCUCUGGACCUGCCAGGCUGAGAGGUGAAAACACAAAGAGCUGUUUACCUCUGGACCUGCCAGGCUGAGAGGUGAAAACACAAAGAGCUGUUUACCUCUGGACCUGCCAGGCUGAGAGGUGAAAACACAAAGAGCUGUUUACCUCUGGACCUGCCAGGCUGAGAGGUGAAAACACAAAGAGCUGUUUACCUCUGGACCUGCCAGGCUGAGAGGUGAAAACACAAAGAGCUGUUUACCUCUGGACCUGCCAGGCUGAGAGGUGAAAACACAAAGAGCUGUUUACCUCUGGACCUGCCUGUCCAUCUAUUUCACCUGGUGUCACUUUCAACCCUACUUCCACUAGCAUUUCAAAACAGCCCUUGAGAAAGGCCUUCCAGGGCUGCUUGUUGGAUACCUGCUAUCCCACUACAGCCUUUCUGUCUCCUGUACAGUAUAGAGUGGGCUGCUGACUGACCUACCGGCUGGCUGACAGGAUGGCAUUUCUUUCCCUCAUCCUAUGACCACUGAAAGACAUUAAGCUCUCUUCAUGUUAGGGUAAAAUUCAGAAAAUUCACAAGAUGGCAAGUCUGGAGUUAGCAAGGCCCUGCUACGGAUGCAUGUCUUUAACCAGCUGUUUGUUGAGCAGCAUGUUUUAACAAACAACAUGUUUUAUUUUAUUUUGUCUGUCGAUGUUUUGAGUUUAAUCAAACAGACAGACAGACAUACGGAGAGGAGUUUUCUCUCCCGGCAUCCCUGAAGCACAUGGGGAUAGUAGGUUUUUACUUGAUCUAACCUUUAACCUUAUACUAACAUUAAAUCUACGUUAUACUGACGUCGAGGCGACGACGUUUGUACGUGUUUAUUCUGUCUCUCUUCUGGACUCCCACCACUACCUUUUGGAAGCUUGAAUUACCUGAUUGUCUGGUCUGUCUGGAUUUGUACUUUUCUCCUCUCUUAGUUUUUUUCUCCUAGUGUUUGUUGGUGUGUUUGUUGUCUGUCUGUCUUAGUUGGACUGUUUUAAAAAAAAAAACUAGUUUUGUAUAGAAUAACAAAUACUUGUUUAAUAUCUUCAUGUAUAAAUAGUAACAGAUUUUCUCAAUAUAACAUGAAGGCUGCUUCAUCAUUGUAUCUUGGAGGAUUGAUAUGAGUAAGUAGACUUCCUGGUUGUAGGAUUCCGUAUUUCCUGUUUAUUCCUUCCUGAUUUCUGGGAACUCUUCCAACAACCAGGAUUUCUGGAAAUCUGGGAAUUUGGGGAAAAAAGUUAACAAAAUGUUUUCAAAUCUAUUAGUUAUGUUAUUUGUAACCAGGUCUAAAGCGGACAUGGUGAAAUGAAAUCCAUAUUAUUAUUCUGAUAAAGUGGUGGUUGUGCCAUAUUCAUGUUUUUUUUUUUUAAACUUGUGUUAUUACCUUGUCAAUACAGAGUUUUACACUUUCAGCAUACCAGUACAUUUUAAGCACAUUAUCAGAUUUGUAGCAGUAUAUGGUUUGAAUUGAAUUGUAUUUAUUGGGAUUUGGGGAUUUUAAAUUAUGUCUGGCAUGAAUAUAUUCCCUGCAGCUUCUGUCUGGGCGGCUCUCCAAAAUGUCAGCUCUUGUACACAGUUAUUGCUCCACUCGUUAAGGUCCCUUAGAUAUACCUUACCACUGUCUCGCUCUUCCUGUGGUGUGUACAAGGCCCUGCUUGUCAGAGCUCUUUAAUGCUGUAGUUCAGCAGCAUGGGCUCUACUACCCUGCUUGUCAGAGCUCUUUAGUGCAUGGGCUCUAUAAUAUAUGCCAUUUAGCAGACGCUUUUAUCCAAAGCGACUUACAGUCAUGUGUGCAUACAUUCUACGUAUGGGUGGUCCCGGGAAUCGAACCCGGGACCACAAGCGCCAUGCUCUACCAACUGAGCUACAGAAGGACUACUACCCUGCGUGUCAGAGCUCUUUAAUGCUGUAGUUCAGCAGCAUGGGCUCUACUACCCUGCUUGUCAGAGCUCUUUAGUGCUGUAGUUCAGCAGCAUGGGCUCUACUACCAUGCUUGUCAGAGCUCUUUAAUGCUGUAGUUCAGCAGCAUGGGCUCUACUACCCUGCGUGUCAGAGCUCUUUAAUGCUGUAGUUCAGCAGCAUGGGCUCUACUACCCUGCUUGUCAGAGCUCUUUAAUGCUGUAGUUCAGCAGCAUGGGCUCUACUACCCUGCGUGUCAGAGCUCUUUAAUGCUGUAGUUCAGCAGCAUGGGCUCUACUACCCUGCUUGUCAGAGCUCUUUAAUGCUGUAGUUCAGCAGCAUGGGCUCUACUACCCUGCUUGUCAGAGCUCUUUAAUGCUGUAGUUCAGCAGCAUGGGCUCUACUACCCUGCUUGUCAGAGCUCUUUAAUGCUGUAGUUCAGCAGCAUGGGCUCUACUACCCUGCUUGUCAGAGCUCUUUAAUGCUGUAGUUCAGCAGCAUGGGCUCUACUACCCUGCUUGUCAGAGCUCUUUAAUGCUGUAGUUCAGCAGCAUGGGCUCUACUACCCUGCUUGUCAGAGCUCUUUAAUGCUGUAGUUCAGCAGCAUGGGCUCUACUACCCUGCGUGUCAGAGCUCUUUAAUGCUGUAGUUCAGCAGCAUGGGCUCUACUACCCUGCUUGUCAGAGCUCUUUAAUGCUGUAGUUCAGCAGCAUGGGCUCUACUACCCUGCUUGUCAGAGCUCUUUAAUGCUGUAGUUCAGCAGCAUGGGCUCUACUACCCUGCGUGUCAGAGCUCUUUAAUGCUGUAGUUCAGCAGCAUGGGCUCUACUACCCUGCUUGUCAGAGCUCUUUAAUGCUGUAGUUCAGCAGCAUGGGCUCUACUACCCUGCGUGUCAGAGCUCUUUAAUGCUGUAGUUCAGCAGCAUGGGCUCUACUACCCUGCUUGUCAGAGCUCUUUAGUGCUGUAGUUCAGCAGCAUGGGCUCUGGGUGUUUGCGUCGGCCGCUUUACUGUCGUUCGUCAAGUAGCCUUGAACGAUGGUUUGCCUGAAUAGGAGAGAAACCAGUUUGUGUUAGGCUAGGUUUUUAUGCAAAAAAAAAAAAAAGAUUAUUCUGACAUUAGAACAGGAUGUUUGUUUUAAAGGUCUAAUUCAGCUGUUUUUAUCUCUUGUCAAAUAAGUUCAGGGUAUAAAUGAAAUACCUUACUGUGAAUUUGUUUUUCAUUAAAAUUGUUUAAAAAAUAAGAUAUUUUUAAAAUAUAUUUAUUUAAAAAAAAAUGCUUCUUAGCAAAGAGCAAUUUCUCAAGCAAGAAUUUUGCUAGGACUGUCUGGGUCUGAGUGUGGAGGGGAAAACCGAAAACUAGCUGUUAUUGGCAGAGAGGUUCAGAACUCUUUCUUGGUCACCAGGCAGGCCAAAACGCCAACCCACCAAAACAGGCUCUACAUUUCAUUUGAAAUUAUGCUUUAGUUUAAAAAUAAAAA